AUAUCUCCGUGAUCGGCAGCACUCAUAUCACGUGAUGUGGGAACAAGACUCACUGCGGCUUCAUUUCGGCGGACGUUUCGUACGCUCCAUGUGGCUUAUUACGCAGAAGCAUGGAAAUGAUGAAGAUCGAGAAAGUCGUUGUUGGGAAGGAGAGGAGACCCACCACAGAGGAGAUAAAGUACGAGCCUGUGGUCGCCCCACUACAAUCCUAUCAGCAUGAGAGUCUGCAAUGUUUUCAGUGCUUCAUCACUUUCUGUAACUCUAAAGCCAAGGAGAGACACAUGAGGAAGAGUCAUCGGGACCAGUACAAACAGCACCUGCAGCAGACUGAUACAGUCUUCACUUGCUACAAGUGUGACAAGAGCUUCUCCUACUCUGAGGAGCUUAGCCAGCACCAGGCCAGCCACAGUACAGAGGAGAAGCCCUUCCUUUGUGCCUACUGCCAGAAAAACUUCUUCACCUUUACUGAGCUGAACAAACACCGGCGACACGAGUGCAUAGAACGACGAUGUCCCUGCAGGGAUUGUGGCGCACUGUUCCCCAGCCCUUCACGCCUUCGCAACCAUCGUUUGGCUGUGCACCCACAGAACCCCAUGGUUGCUGAUGACAGCAACACCCACCAAUGUUGCAAAUGUAGUUACAGUUUCAAGACAGAAGAAGAGCUUCUGCAGCACCAAGAGAAAUUUUUCAAUGAUAUAAACUGUGGUGUUAAGCCGCAAGGCAAAAAACGUGGCCGUAAACCUAAGAGUGCAGCUCAAGGGGGGAUGCUAGAGACUAAGAAGAUCAAACAAGAAGAGGAAGUAGGGUACGAUGACUCUACAACAGAGGGUUGUCCCUCCAAUGACCUGGAACCAGAGCUCAGCAUCCCUUGUUCUGAAGCAAACUGUGACCUCAUAUUCCCCUCUGUUACAACCCUACGGUCACACAAAAGGGAAGUACAUGGAUCUAACCUUGGCAAUGCUCACGCAUGCACAGAGUGUGACGAGAGCUACGCUCAGCCUAAGCAGCUCAAUGCACACGUAGCCAGUGACCACCACUCUGGAUACACCUGCCUCAUCUGUGAAAAGAGCUUUGCAGAAGAGAGCGCCCUGAAGAUCCACCAGAACACCCACACUGGAGAAGAGGUGGCAGUAGAAACAGGAUAAUAUAUGGGGAAAAGACUGUAACUUCCUCCUACAUCAUUCACAUAAAUUAUUAUCUGAGUGUUUAGCACCAUAAUCUGUUUAUUGUAGGCAGAAGAGUUUUUGAAGCAAAGUUAUGCAACACAUGACUUGAAGGUUGAAAGAUGUUCUACACUUAAAAAUAAAACUGUACAGAUCUAUACAUAAUUGUGAUUAAUAUCCACCAUAAGCUCAUGAUACACAGCCCUUGCUGUCCACAUUACCUCUAUUGUAUCUGGAAUGUUUUUUUAUUCAUGAAGAAUUUGUUUUAUAUUUUCAGGAUAUACACAUAAGUGUGUCAUUUACACAGAAAAUAUUAGUCCUUAGCAUCAUAGAAU